GAGCUUUCGGUUUUUACAACAAGUUGUUGCCCCUUUCAGGCCACGGUGCAUGAGCCUCACAGGCAUAUUACAUGCCCCCGUCUUCGACUCGUUGUUGUGUGCGCGCCCCCCCCGCUCGACUGUCCUUUGAGAACGUUGCAAGCUUAUGCAAAUUUUGCGGCAAUUAAGCGCGAUUUCAAGUCAAGUGCCAACCGCGAUUUAAGCGAAUACCAAAAACAAAUCGAAGCCCGUCGGAAAAAGGAUUAACCCACGAACAGAAGAUGGCCUGGGGAUACUGGUCUGCCACGACUGUGGAUCGAGGACGCUCGCCGCGCCGCCUAACGCAGUGCACACCGCUGCCCGUGAACAUAGUGCAGCAGGAGGAGGAGGAGGAGGAGCAGCAGCAGCAGCAGCAGCAGCCGUUGCCGCCAGCGUGCAUGCCCCAGCAGCAGCAGCAGCAGCCGCAUCAGCAUCAGCACCAACAAUCGCAAACCUGCCCCAGCACGCCGUCAGCCAAUCAACAGGGGAGCGGCAACCUCUGCUACAGUCCGUCGUGUCGAUCCCGCUGCUCGAGUCCGUGUCCGGGCUCCCCCUGCGGCUCCAUAACACCGCCGCCACCGCCGCUGCUGACAUCCUCGCAGCAGCAUCUCCACUCGAACAAGAACUGUCCCGCUGCCCAGCAGCUGAUGACACACCUGGACUAUGCGGCCAGAAGGCAGUCGUUGGAUCAGCUGGAUAGUCCGCAGUCGAAGUACUUCGACAUCCAGGCCAAUCAGCUGUCGGACAUCAUGUGCCGCGGCGCUGUGGUCAGCUCCAUCCAGUCGGCCAACAACACACUAACCCGAGGCGUCUCGCUGCACAGUCGGAGCGGCAGUGCCCAUGGGAGCCACCACGGAAGCCACCAUGGGAGCCACCACAGCCACAGCCACCACGGGAGUGCCCAUGGAUCGUUGGGCUGCCUCCAGGGGGGCGUAGGAGUGGGCGUUGGCGUGGGCGUCGGUACCGGAAGCACCGGUAGCAUUGGAAUGAUGUCGGCGGGCCACAUCGAUACGGGCGACUAUGAUGUGCCGCAUCCGCACCCGUACACGCACCACUAUAUGCAGACAACGGCAUCGGUGACGCCCCCGCGUGGCAGCCUGAGUCGGCCGGGAUCGGCGGGAGCCGUGUGUGCCGGCCACGACUCCGGAUCGGAUUCGAGUCAGGGCUGUGGGGGCUCCAUCAUGGGAGGAAUGCUGGUCAUGGGCCAUCCCGGCCACAUGGGCAGCCUGGGACACCACAGCACGGGCAGCGGCUCCCUCGGACGGUGCUCGAGUCGCUGCCACAACACGAACACCACAACGACGGAUGACUCGGGCGGCGGUAGCAGUGGUGGCGGCGGCGGAGGCGUCGGCGGAGGCAGUGCCUCGAUUGCCGUGGGCAUGCCUGGCAUGCUGAUUGACUACCAUCAUGGCCACCACAGUCACAGUGGCAGCGCCGGCAGCGGCCUCAACGGCUGCGGAGCGGGCAGCAUCGCCGGCGGAAGCAUUGGAGGUCGCAGCAGUGUCCUGGGCACCAUUCACAACGGCCACGGCCAUCAUCAUCAGCAAUAUCAUCACGAGUGCAUUCACUACGAGCGUCUGCCCAUUCCCGUGCCCAUUCCCACAGUGCCCAUGGGCGUGGCCCUGCCACAGCAGCAGCAGCAGAUGCCGCCGCAGCAUCAGCUGCAGUCGGAGGAGGAGAUCGAGCCGGCCUAUGCGACAGUAUUUCCCAAUGUUCCUCAAGCGCCGGGAUUGUCCUGCGAUGGCGAAGAUCGCAGCAUCUAUCGACGUGGUGCUCGACGGUGGCGUAAACUGUAUCGCGUCAACGGACACAUUUUCCAGGCCAAGCGUUUCAAUCGGCGUGCUUUCUGUGCCUAUUGCCAGGAUCGUAUCUGGGGCCUGGGACGACAGGGUUUCAAGUGCAUACAAUGCAAGCUGCUGGUGCACAAAAAGUGCCACAAGCUGGUGCAGAAGCACUGCACCGACCAGCCAGAGCCAUUGGUCAAGGAGCGGGCCGAGGAGUCGAGCGACCCGAUGCCGGUGCCAUUGCCCCCGCUGCCGUACGAGGCCAUGGGCGGCAGCUCGGACGCCUGCGAGACGCACGAUCAUGCGCACAUCGUGGCCCCGCCACCGCCCGAUGAUCCCCUGGAGCCGGGCACCCAGCGCCAGUACUCGCUGAACGACUUCGAGCUGAUACGCGUCAUCGGCCGUGGAAGCUACGCCAAGGUGCUAAUGGUGGAGCUGCGGCGCACGCGUCGCAUCUACGCCAUGAAGGUGAUCAAGAAGGCCCUGGUGACCGACGACGAGGACAUCGACUGGGUGCAGACGGAGAAGCAUGUGUUCGAGACGGCGUCAAACCACCCGUUCUUGGUGGGACUGCAUUCGUGCUUCCAGACGCCGUCGCGUCUCUUCUUUGUCAUUGAGUUCGUGCGGGGCGGCGACCUGAUGUACCACAUGCAGCGCCAGAGGCGGCUGCCCGAGGAGCACGCCCGCUUCUAUGCGGCGGAGAUAAGUCUGGCCCUGAACUUCCUCCACGAAAAGGGAAUCAUCUAUCGCGAUCUGAAGCUGGACAACGUGCUGCUCGACCACGAGGGGCACAUCAAACUUACCGACUACGGCAUGUGCAAGGAAGGCAUUCGCUCGGGCGACACAACCUCCACGUUCUGCGGCACACCCAACUACAUUGCCCCAGAGAUCCUGCGAGGCGAGGACUACGGCUUCUCCGUCGACUGGUGGGCAUUGGGCGUCUUGCUCUAUGAGAUGCUGGCCGGACGCAGUCCGUUCGACUUGGCCGGUGCCUCUGAGAAUCCCGAUCAGAACACGGAGGAUUAUCUGUUCCAAGUGAUUCUGGAGAAGACCAUUCGUAUACCGCGGUCCUUGAGCGUUCGGGCCGCCUCUGUCCUGAAAGGUUUCCUCAACAAGAAUCCCGCUGAUCGUUUGGGCUGCCAUCGGGAGUCCGCCUUCAUGGAUAUCGUCAGCCAUCCGUUCUUCAAGAAUAUGGACUGGGAAUUGAUUGCACAGAAGGAGGUGCAACCGCCUUACAUACCGAACCUGGAUCCUGGCGAUCCCUAUGUGACAACAAAUUUCGAUGCUCAAUUUACGCGAGAACCGCCCGAACUAACGCCCGACGAUCCUCAUGUCAUUGACAACAUUGAUCAGUCGGAGUUCGAGGGCUUUGAGUAUGUGAAUCCGUUGCUGAUGUCCCUGGAGGAUUGCGUCUGACACCACGAAACGUGUGACUUACAUCCGUAUAAUGUAAGGCUAUAUGGCGAGGACUCCAGUGAUUACGAUUCUGUGGCAGACGAUUUGAGUCUCUUGCAUUUGAACAGCGCAGGAGCGACUGUGGCGGUGACUGGGGGUGGCUCGGUCAAUGCCAAUAACAAUCUAAGCCAGCAGCAACAUUAUCGCCAGCAACAGCAACAGAAACAACAGCAAUAUCAUCCUCAUUCAGUAUACUCACAGCAACAACAGCAGCAGCAGCAGCAGCAGCAACAACAGAUCUUGCAACUUCAACAGCAGCAGCAGCAGCAGCAGCAACAGCAACAGCAACAGCAGCAACAUCAUCAUCAUAAUGGUAAUAAUAUCAAUCAUAAUAAUCAAAUGCAAGCAAAUAAUAACAAAAGUCUACUGCAGCACAUGUUUUGCCUUCCAUUGAACUAAUUAAAAUAACGAAUUAGAUAAAGCAACAAGCAACAACAAUGAGCAACACAGCAACAACAACUAGCAGAGCAACUAAAAAGAAAAAGCAAAAGCAAAACAAAAAAAAAACCAAAACAAAUUUAAACUUAAUAGAAACUAAACGAAAAUGGCACAACUAACAAAAUUAUAUAAUCUUCUUAACAGCAGAUACAAUUUUUCGUAAAAAUCUAUAUUACAUAUAUGAGACAAAGAAGAAGCAAAGCAAAAAGUCACAAGUUGCGAGUAUUACACAAAACAAACGAUUACUUUACUACUUAAGCACUUCGGCAGCCCCGACUCCAUGCAACAAAAAAACACUUUCAUAACUCAAUGCAAGACUUUUCAGCCAGAAACCCUGCGGAGGAGACUCCCAGGCGUAUCCCAAGAAACCAUUUUUAAGCUACAUCAAAUAUAUACAUACAUAUAUGGUAUAAUUUUUAAACGUUUAACAGCAACAAAAGACAUUUCAAUGUUAAUUUUACUAGGAAGUGUGCGCAGAGAGGGAAUGCACACUUCAAAUGAAUCAAUCUAUGUAUUACGUAUAAGAAUAUAAAACUCUAAUGUAAAAUGUGUGUGUGUCUAGCGUUAGAGAGCAUGGUUUUUAAAAGCGACAAACUCGUAAAUAUGUACCAGUUUUGUGAACAGAAAUAGUUAACCGAAAGCAAAAAGAACAUUUUGAGUCCGCACAGAGAAGAGUCUCCCCCGAUGCCCCGUCGGGGGGCACUAUUCUCGUACCACACGAACAAAAAAAUAUAUUUAUUUAUUGUAUUCCUUGUAUUAUUUAUUUUUAUAACAAGCAAAACAAAAUCCGUCUACUGGCAAUAUUUCUUUGUUAGGUAUUAAAAAAAAUUCUUUUAUGUUUUUUUUCAAUGCAUUCCACUGUACUUACAACAACAACAGUAUAUAUAUAUAUAUAUAUACUAUAUAUAUGUAUUUGUUAAUUUUUUGAGCCUAUUAAGAGGUACAAUUUUUUUCGUGGCGAUACAAUUUGCCGCAAAAAUAAUCAAAAUGCUGAUAUUUUUUGUUCAAUCUGUUGCGUCAAUCAUUGCGUACGUUUUUUAAACUUAAGCCUAAAUAUAUACAUUAGUAGAUAUUAAAUAAAAAUUGUAUAUUAUGUUUUGAUAAAUCACAUAAAUAUUGAGAACUUUAUUCAAAUUAAUACGUAUCCAAAACCAAAAUAUCAUUGUGUUGCAAGAGUAAAGAUUGGGUUUUGAAUUGCAAGAAAUUAAAUAAAUUUCAAUGUUACUUGUUAAUGUAUGGAAAACAAAAGAUACUACACUUAUAUUGUUAUAUUUCCAGAUACAACGCAAUCAAAAGCAAAUAAUAUUGAUCAAACCAAGUUUUUGAUUCAGCAAUUAUCCAUAAUAGCAAGCAAUCCACUCGAAUGCAACAAAUCGACAAACACUAAACCACUUACGAAUUGCACUUUAAUGUUAAAACGAAGCCUAUUAAAAGGAGAGCAGAGCCCUUCCUUCCUCUAAAUUCCCUGUUGUGUUUGAUAUCCAAGAUCUACGAGUACGUUGACCUAGGUUUAAAUGUUUUCAACUGAGCGUAUACUAUAUGUAUGUAAUUGUAUCUUCUUCAACUGAUGUUUCCGACUGUUUUGUUUCUUAUUUACGUACAUACUUGAUGCACUUUUGGCAUACCGUAUUGAUGCUACCAAAAUGUCAAAACGAAAUUGAGAACGUAAGCAUUAUUUGCGUAACAAUUAUCCAUAUAAACAAAAACGAAUAAAGUAUUGUAUAAGAAA